AUGGGAGCUUGGAAUAUCUUUCGCCUCUUGGGCGACAUCGUCCACAUGCUCUCCAAGGGCAUCCUAAUCUUCUCCAUCCACAGAAACCGCAGCGCGGAGGGAGUGUCCCUCAUCACACAAGGCCUCUACGCCGUCGUCUUCUGCACGCGAUACCUUGAUCUAUUCAGAGAACAGUCGGCAUGGAACGCGAUAUUCAAAGUAACAUACAUUGUCACGUCUUUCUACAUUCUCGGCGUUAUGCAGUGGGUGUUUCCCCGCUCUCGCGAGCGUGAGAUCUCCUGGAAGCUUGGCGCCAUUAUCCUCUUUGGCUCUCUUGCUCUGUCUCCCUUUGCAAUGUUGAUUUUCGAAAAGAAAUUCCGUUGGGGAUUCUUGACUUGGAUGUGGUCCUUCUCAGAAAUCCUAGAAUCCGUGGCCGUUCUUCCGCAGCUAUUGCUGUUGCGACAGACCACCGUUCCGACUGUAAUCGACUCGUUCUACCUCUUGGCACUGGGAUCCUACCGGGCUUUUUACUGCAUAAAUUGGUUCAUUCGGGAACUCGAUGUCAACGACAGGGCGCCUGAUGCCAUUGCCGUUAUCUUCGGCAUUAUCCAGACUGCCUUCUAUAUCGACUUCGCUUGGGUCUACUACACACGACAGCGAGUCAAGCUUCGCGGCGGCGGCGUGGUUGAUGCUGACGAUUUGAGCCGGGGAUGGUUCUUACACCGUAUCUUCGGCAAGAACACUCAUGCUACCGACGACGAAGAGAGCAAUGUGGCAGGCAACGGUGGCGGUCGCGCGAGGUGGGGAUCUCGCGGCAUCUCUGUCAGUGCCGACGAAGGUGUUUUAGACACUGGUCGACACGAUGACGACGACGAGGAAAUUCACGGAGUGGUGGACCCCGAUGCCAAGAUGCGCGACCCCGAUGACCUGGCCAAGGCCAUGGACGAUGACGACGAUGAGGAGGAUACACCACUGCGUGGCGGGAGCUCCUCUCGCUCGAACAACACGCCGCCAGGCAUCCGGAGCGGGGACGAAUGGGACGAUUAA